UCAUUCCAAGCUAGUUUGCCACAAAGUGAACACUUCUCGACAACUAAAAACGAAGUAAAAAUUAAGUGAACAAUUAAACAUAAAAGUAAAUAGUGUAAGCUUACAAUUCUUAAUCUCUAGUCUACAAUGUCAAGAAAUGGCAAUAUUCUUGGAAACAUCAAGACAAUUUUCACAAAACGAAGCAUUUAAAUUGUGAAACCUCCUUUUAUAUCCGAAGAGUAGGCGUAGCUGGACACUCGGUAAGACCGUUAACAAAACUGCGACGAUCCAAUAGCUCCCGAAGUUUCAUGACUCGAUAGUCGCACAAAAAAGCCAAGAUAUUACAGUGUUUUUAUCGCCGGCAAAUACACAUAUAUUCUAUUUACGAUCACUGCCAGCGGCAGUGCUCUGAGUUGAUAUAUGCAGUUUGUUGAGGAGUUUUAUUAAUGCUGAACAUUGCCAGUACUCAACUGUUGAAAAAUAUACCAAUAAUAAAAGAAACUGUGUUGUGCGAUUACCAAAUAUGAAUCUACACCAAAAAACAAUGUGUUCUGAGUCAGAUAUUCACAACAAUAUCCCAUUAACUGUACUGGAAUUUUAUUCACCGGAUUACAGGCCCGAAGAGCCGGGUUUUACAAUUGCUGAUUACCAGCCUCUAAAUGAAAUACCAAAAACAGACCUAGCGAUUGGUUCCCUUGUAGAAGUAUCGAAUUCUGGAGUGUGUGAAGAUCUAUAUGGCGUUAUAAGAUGGAUUGGCAUUCCUCCUGGCACUCCGAAGAACGUGCUCGUUGGAAUAGAGGCUGAAGACGAAUCCAACUUAAAGAACGUUGUGACAUCAGAUGGAAGGCAUAAUGGAGUUCGCUUAUUCACUUGCCACGAUGGUCGAGCUGUUUUUGUACCAGCCAACAGAUGUACUGCUGACCGGCGAUUUGCUGAUGUAGACAAUAGUGUUUCUGCAAGUAGAGUUUCCAAUAACCAGGCAAAGAAGUUUGGUGUCGCUGAUUGCCCCGCUAUUUACGGUUCGAUACCGCCAUUGGAGAUACACAACUCUGAAGAGCUUGCAAGUAUUUGCGGGAAGUUUAAGGGCAUACAAGGACAUCACAACUCCUGCUAUCUUGAUGCAACUCUAUUUUCGAUGUUCACAUUCACCAGUGUAUUUGAUUCAAUUCUGUACAGAAAUCCGGGACCACAAGACAUUCGGAAUUACAGUGAAGUCCAAAAGGUUUUGCGCGAUGAAAUCGUCAAUCCAUUGCGAAAAAACGUUUUUGUGCGAUCUGAUCGGGUUAUGAAACUACGGGAGCUACUGGAUCAACUCAGUUCUGUAAGCGGCCUUACCUGCGAGGAGAAAGAUCCUGAAGAGUUCCUAAAUAGCUUACUCUCGCAAAUUAUGCGAGUGGAACCAUUUUUAAAGUUAAGCUCUGGACAAGACUCUUAUUUCUAUCAACUUUUUGUGGAGAAGGAUGAAAAGUUAACGUUUCCUAGUGUUCAGCAACUGUUUGAACAAAGCUUCCACUCCUCGGAUAUAAAACUGAAGGAGGUUCCAUCUUGUUUCAUCAUUCAAAUGCCUCGUUUUGGAAAAAAUUUUAAGAUGUAUCCAAGAAUAUUGCCAUCCCAAGUUCUUGACGUUACAGACAUUAUUGAGAAUUCUCCCCGACAGUGUUCACUUUGUGGCAAACUAGCGGAGUAUGAAUGCCGUGAUUGCUUUGGAAGCCUACAAGCUGGAUCAGGACUUGAAUGCACCGCAUUUUGUCCUAAAUGUCUUAAAACAUUUCACUCUCACAUCAAAAGAACUAAUCAUGUGUCGAAAAAGAUCUACAGUCCGAAAGAAUUUAGAAUUAUGGCCGAGCACAUGGUUGUCCCGCGAUUGUUCAUGGAAUUGUUUGCUGUUGUUUGCAUAGAAACGUCUCAUUAUGUGGCGUUCGUGAAGUCUGGCUCUGGACCUGAUGCACCAUGGUGCUUUUUCGAUUCAAUGGCUGACAGAAAGGGUGAACAGAAUGGAUACAAUAUACCUGAAAUUACGUGUGUUCCAGAAUUAACACAGUGGCUCUCGGAAGAAGGCGCACGAUCUAUAAAUGAAACUUCAACGAACGAUAAAGUAUUACCUGAACACGCUAAGCGUAUUUUUUGCGAUGCCUAUAUGUGUCUGUACCAAAGCACAGAUAUUAUGAUGUACCAUUAGACAAAUUUAUCUAUAGUGAACAUGGAUACAAUAACAUUUUUGUAAAAAUCACAA